AUGCGGCUGAGAAGGUUCCGAAAACCAGCGCGAGAUGGAGCUGUAGUGGCCAUAGAAGUGAGCAAUGCGUACGCCGUCAUCAUUCUCAAGUACAUUUUCGGGCUGAGCAAACUCCUGUUCGGGGUCGGGAUGCUGGUGGUGACGGAUUCGACGGUGGUGGGGAUCGUGGCGGUGGCACUCGGCGUUUUUCUGCUGUCGAUCGGUUUCGUGGGGAAUUACACGCUGAACCGGGGCGUCCGACGCCUCCGCGUCAAGAAGAUGUUCCCCAUGCCGGAGACCCUCGGGGAUCGAGAGAGUGCGACGUCGGACCCGAGCCAGGAGCAGGAGUCCGCCGGCUCCCGGUACGAGGAGUCCGCCGGUUCUCGAUACGGGUGGCGGGACGAACCCGACGCGUCGCCGCCGACGGCGGUCGCGAUCAUCCACCCGUCGUACGAAGAGAGCGAGUUCCGGGCCGUGGACUUCGGGAGGCUUGCCUUCUCGGUCGAGGAGGAGAGGACGCCGGUGGCGGGUGCGAGGGGUUUCGCGGCGCAAGAGGAGGGGCCGUUGUAUUCGGUGGAUCUGGGCGAUCCGACGCCGAGUUAUUCGAGGGGAUCGAGCGGGCAUCCGCCGUCGCAUUCGUUGCAUGAGGGCAGGAACUCGCCGCCUGAGGCCAGGGCGAAUUACAUGUUAUACGGUGAGAAGGAUUCGCGGAUGGGUCCCCGGUUCUCCUCACUCGAGAGCGUCCCGUUGAGGGAGGACGAUGUGGUGAGCGUGGCUGGCUUCCCCGGAUUCGAGCAGGCCUUCACAGUGCGGGUACGACGCAGCGUUCCUUCAUUCCGCUUCGUCGUCUGCGAGGUGGGCAAUGCAUACGCUGUAAUCCUGGUGUUAGGGAUCUUUGGCCUGAGCGAAUUUUUCUACGGUCUCGGACUGUUAAACUCGGAUCACACGACGGCGGCGACCCUCUUCAUCGUCAUCGGCCUCGGUCUGCUGUUCUUGGCCUUUCUGUUGGGUUACGCUCUGCACCUGGGCGUUCGGCGCCUCCGAGUGGAGAAGAUGUUCCCCAGGCCUCGGCCCCUUCUCUCGAAUCGAGACGUUUCGGCUGACGACGAAGGCGAGGGCCACGACGGGGAUCGAGAGCCGACCGCGAUGGGCGGAGAUGGGACGGUCGGGGAACCGUCACCGUCAUCGACGAUGGCAGUCAUUCAUCCGACGUACGAGGAGACUGCAUUUCGGCUCGCGGACUUCGGAAAACUUACCUUCUCCGUCGAGGAAGAAUACCGGCCGGAAUCGGUGACUCGUCCCCCAUGGGGCAGUAGUCCUCCAUCGUCUCACACGCAGGACUCAGGCGAACGUCCUUCAUCGUUUUCACGCGGAGACCAGAAGGGGACUCUCGCGUGGGUGGACCUCCAUGCAUUGCAUGCGCCAUCGCACCCGGGCGGAUCCUCGCCGUCGGAGACCGGCGAGAACUACAUAUGAGGCCGAUAGGGGUAUGAUGGACGAUCGACCGAGUGAACGCUGUUGUGAUGCCAGAAAUUCCAUCGAUCGUGUCGAGGUCGAGAGAUGAUUGCUGGUUUGGAUUCGACAUCCUUCCGAGUUCUCAAAGAUACGAUCGGUCGACCUGCACUACCAUUAAUAUCGCCAACAGUCUGGAAAUAUUCAAUACUUUUGACUGCUGGUGUGCGUGAACCAAGGCUCUAUUCCAGAUUUACUCUUAAUUUGAGCUGGAUUGUUUUUAUCAGUUUGGGCUUCAUCACUUUUCAACGGAAAAUAUCGAAUGCAAUGGGAAGUGGAUUUGGCGAUUCCCAUUGAGGAAUUGUAGAAAUAUGAAUGGAGAUAUUGGAGAUAAACGUUUUUGAAGAGGGCCACGUCAGAGCCAAGAACCUCGCAUUUCAAGCAGUUCGCCGCUUCCAUUUCAUUUCGUGGUUAUAAAUCCAACUUGUCAGAGGAUCCCGGCCGGGAUUCCGAAUAUCUCAUCCUUUCAUGUGUUUACUUCCCAGGAGGGAGAGAUAAGGAUUCCGAACGACCAACCUAUAAUACUCCUUUAUCUGCAGAGGCAGGAAGCAGGUCGAGUGCAUCAAUGUGAAUUGACCAGAGCGAAUGGCCAGGGGGAAUAGGGCGUUGAGACGAAUUCUCCCGGUCGGGAGAUUUCGUCGGAUCUCCCGGAUCUGCGCUGUGAUAAUCCAUAUCCUACAUUUAUGCCAGUUUCCUCUGACUCGGGGAAACAUGACUUUAAUACCAUGGAUGCAUUUCCCCCCGAAUCGAUGAAUCGUGUGUUUGGUUCGGUGACCGU